AUGUUCGAAAGCAAGUACAUUGAAAGCUCAUCAAUGGAUCGAUUUGGUGUCGCAGAAGACGGUGCAGGCCCAAGUGGUCUAUCAUUACGAGAACGGCCUCUAGCUCCUGAAAUGGCCCGAGAACGUCAAUUGGCUGACGAAUUCUUUGCCUCAACCCACGCUCAACAAGGCCAUAUGCCCAACGAUUUCUACAAUUUCCGUGAUAUGAAUCGAGAAUUAGACUCCAUGGCUCCUCCUUCUAUGGCCCAGCAUAAUGGAGACUGGGCUGCUGACUUUGCUAAAUUCAAUGACGGUGGAAUGGGUCAAAUGCAUGAUCAGCACCAGUUUCGUGAAUUUGAAGAGGUCUUCCAACAAGCUAGAACUCAAGCACAUGGACAAUGGGAAGAUCAAUUCGCUCAGUUUCAACGAGAACAUCCAGGAUUUCAUGCGGAACAUGCUGAAACAGAGGCUGCAUUCGAAAAGGCUUUUGAGCAAGCUCAACAAUCAUCCUCUUGGGAAGAAGAGUUUGCCAAAGAACAAACAUCAUGGGCAGACGAAUUCGUCACACAACAGGCUGAAGUCAAUGUAGAUAGCACCGAUGCUCUGUCAAAGACAGCAGGCAUGCUGCUAGAUAUAGUCUCCACGUCAACAAACCCCAAAUUCAAAGAAUCCAAAUUCAUGGCAUUCAUGCAAAAGCUACGAGAUCAAGAAGUAGCUAUAGAAGGAAAUAAAGUCGUUGAACAAACUCCUCCUGUACGAGGUGAAGCAUGGGCUCAACAAUUCCAGCAACAAGAGCAAUCAUGGGAAGACGAAUUCACUACACCUGGUGCUCGUGCUUUGGCCUCAUCUGAUGGCUGGACGAACGAGUUUGCUAGUAGCCAGAAUCGAGAAGCUAGCUGGGCUGAAGAAUAUGGUGAAACAGCUUUUGCAAACCCGCCAAAAGUCCGUACAGCUGAAGACUGGGCCCAGGAAUUCCAAGCCGGAUUGCAUACUGAUAGUAGUGCUCGAUGGGAGGCAGAAUUUGAGCAAUUCAGACAGAAUGCUCUAGAACGAAAUGAGGCUGGUGAUAAUCUAGGAGAGACAGAAGAUUAUCAAGAGAUGGAAAAGGCAUUUAAAGAGUAUUAUGGGAUGCAGGAUUGGGUUCGAGAGUAUAAGAAUAAAGUAGCAGAUGAAAUAUCUAGAGAUCCACAAAACGAAGAAUGGGAUGCCAUGGAAAAGAAUUGGGAUGAAUAUAAUUCUCCAGCACUAGCAUAUAGAGCUAAUGAUCCUCGAUAUGAUAACUAUGAAUUCAUGCCCAAUAAUCCUUACUUGUCACGACCAGCACCAUAUCUUGAAAAUCCACUAUCACAUCGUAACUUGACGGAAUCGGUGCUUGCAUUAGAAGCAGCUGUACAGCUUGACCCUGGAAAUGCUUCGGCUUGGCAUCAUCUCGGGAUUCGACAACAAGAGAAUGAAAACGAAACAGCCGCUAUAGCUGCUCUACGUCAAGCUACCCAACUAGAUCCCAGUAUACUCGAUGCUUGGAUUGGGUUGGCAGUAUCGUACACAAACGAGAAUUGUCGAGAAGAUGCUAACGAAGCUCUUGAAGCAUGGAUGGCCAAUUCAGACAAGUAUCACAUGAUUAUUGAGAAGGCUGGUGGUAUUGGUGCUGGAGCUGGACUGAUGAGUGCUGCGCAAAGACAUGGACAUGUAAUCAACCUGUUUUUGGAGGCUGCUAGAGCCAAUCCUGGUGAACAUCUAGAUCCAGAUGUACAGAUUGCUCUUGGGGUCUUGUUUAACGUAUCAGAAGAAUAUGAUAAGGCUGUUGAUUGUUUUGAGGCUGCGCUUGUCAAGAGACCUCAGGAUUACUUGCUCUGGAACAAGCUUGGAGCAACACUAGCGAAUAGCAACAAGACACCUCGAGCCCUUGAUGCCUAUUUUGCAGCUUUGGAGAUCAAUCCGUCGUAUAUCCGUGCUCGUUACAAUAUUGCCAUUUCAUGUAUCCAGCUUGGAAAUCACCGUGAAGCUGCCGAGCAUCUCCUUGGUGCAUUAGGUAUUCAGCAAUCCAAUGCCGAGAGUCUCAUGUUGGAUGGAAAGGGUAAAGGACCAGCUGGCAAUAAUGUAAUCAACAUGCAUAGUAUAGCUAGUGAUAAUGUUUGGUCGACUUUGAAGAUGGUUGUUGACUCGUACUUGAGACGACCUGAUCUAGCAGAUGCUUGCGACAGGAGAGAUUUGACUCUAUUUCGAGGUGACUUCGACUUUUAG